CCCUAGCUCCUCUGCUCCGCCCCCGGGGGAAGCCACAACAUGUUGCGUUGGCCCUAUGUCACGGCCCAGCAGCUGAAGGGCUUCGACAGAUACAAGUACAGUGCGGUUGAUACAAACCCUUUAUCAGUGUAUGUUAUGCAACACCUUUGGAACAGAAUUGUUAAGAUAGUGCCAUUGUGGAUUGCUCCUAAUCUGCUUACCUUUUCUGGAUUCUUGUUGAUUUUGAUUAAUUAUUUGAUAUUAUGCCAUUAUGACUGGGAUUAUUCUGCAUCAGGUUCUGGACGUAUUCCAAAUUGGGUGUGGUGGUUUGCUGCUCUGUCUACCUUUUGUGCUUACACUUUAGAUUCUAUAGAUGGGAAACAUGCUCGGAGGACUCAGUCCUGUACCCCUUUAGGAGAGCUAUUUGAUCAUGGGCUGGAUAGCUGGGCUACCUCCCUUUUCAUUCUCUCUUGGUUCUCUGCAUGUGCAAGUCCAGAAGGGACUCCCGGAGUUUCUGUGCACACGAUGUAUUUGUCGCUGAUCAUUGUCUUGUUUAACUUCAUGUUUUCCCACUGGGAAAAAUAUAACACUGGAGUUCUCUUUCUCCCUUGGGGAUACGAUCUAAGUCAAGUGGCGCUGGUAGCAGCAUAUGUGCUGACUGCUUCAGUUGGUGUUGAAAUAUGGUAUAGGCCUUUGGUGUUCGGUUAUUACAUCACAGCUGUACUAAUGACCUUGAUUAUAGGCUGCAGCAUAUUUCUUUCUCUCCCCCAGACAUUGCACAAUAUUCACAUGGCAUAUAUGAAGAAAACCCUGAAGAAAGAUUCUUUAUAUGAAUCACUUUUACCCCUGGUGUCACCCGCUAUCCUGUUUCUCCUCCUCACUGCCUGGGUGGCUUUAUCUCCAUGUGACAUACUAAUCAAACAACCCAGACUAUUUUUGUGGAUGGUUGGUGUUGCCUUCUCCAACGUUACCUGCAGGGUGAUUAUUUGCCAGAUGAGUAACACCAGAUCUGAACCUUUCCACUGGCUGCUGUUCCCAUUAGCUGCUGUGGUCUUUGCAGCAAUAACAGGGCUUCUCGGAAGGCUAGAGGAAUCAAUACUGACUGUGCUGACUGUUCUGGCCACGGCUGCUCACGUGCACUAUGGACUGUGUGUGGGUCGUCAGUUGAGUCAACACUUCAACAUUUACACCUUUUCUAUGAAGAAACCGGCCCAGGAAUAAGCACUUUUCCACACAGAAAGAAUCCAGUUCUUCUGUGGCCUUCUGAAACGAGAGUUUCGUCAGGAAGGGAGACCUACUGGACCCAGAUGAGCAAAGCAUCGUCACCCACUUAAUGAACAUAACGGACUAGAUAUCAACCUGGUAUGCUUCUUUGUGUUUAAAGUCCAGCAUUCCCCGGCUCCCACCUUGAAGAAAUCUCGCAGGCACGGGUGGCAGUGUGGUCGGGAAAGGCCCAGUGACAACUCGCCUGGCUAGGUAAUAAGGAAAAUGGCUUGAAGAAGUAGGCCAGUGCUUUGGGGAUCUAGACACCCGACCCCACACCCACCCAAUCUCAUAAGGCACACACACCAAGAGGAAAAACUAGUCCGUCACCGAAGAGAACCAUAGCAAUGAAGGCCUUUAUUGGGAUCAGGAAAGUGCUUGUCUGCUUAGCUGUACUUCUGGAUCUCCAAAAUCUUAAAAUAAGCUCACCCCAAAGCAUUUACAGAUUGUCAACAAGUGACCAAAUAUAUAGCAUAUGAGUUAACACCUUUGCAAGCCUAACAGCUAGUACAUUUGUCACUUUGUACAGUGAAACACAGCCUCCAUGGGACAUGCCUUGAGAGAGAGAGAGAUAGAGUGGGUGGGUGAAAGAGAAACCACAGUGAAACAGAGAGAGGGGCCCAGUAGACCUUGGUAAAUUAUGACGCUCUUUCUAGUCCUUAGGAGGACUAGGAGUUUACUAUUUGGCUUCUAUUGAAAACUCUGGUUGACAUAGUCCUGUGUGUUCUAAGGUAAGAAUCACAAUCUUUCCUUAGGAAGGUUGCAUAAUACAGAUGCAAAAAACCAACUGGCAUUUGUUCCUGUUUCCAACUUUUGCCAUUACAAACCAAGAUGGGAGGAAUUUACAAAUAUCUUUUGAACAGACUUUAUACAAGGGAUUUACUUAGUUGCUAGAUCUAUUGCUGUCGUAAACGUACUCACCCAGAAGCUCACAGUCUCGGUUGACUCUCUCCCAUUUGAGUUUUGUUAUGAAAGGGAGGCUUUUUUCCUAUCCUAUCCCUGGUGGAAGGAUAGCUCAGUAACACAUAGUGAAUGGAUGUUUUUUCUCCAUGAUGGUUUUGAUGGCCAGCCUAAUAUGUGAGAUCUUCCUGUUUACAUUUUGAAAAUAAUUUCUAUUUCUAGGUAGAAUGUGGUUCAGGCAUGAAUGAAAAAAACAAACAAAAAAACCCAGCAGUGGGGUCCCAGUGCUUCAGAUGAGUUUCAAAGCCAGAUCCUUUGAGUGCAGUGAAAUGCAGUCCAUUUUCCUUAACUGAGUGGCAGGUAGGUUUGGAAACAGGGAGAAUGGGACUGUCUGAGUUCAUCCCCAAAAUAUUUUGUCUUCUACUGAGCAUUCAAGGUUUCCCGCAUACUAGUUCCAGGAAAUUGAUCUAGUUGGCAAAAAAGGUAUCCUAUUAAUGAGAUGCUGAGCUUCUCCAUUUUGCCAGUGGCUCCUUACUAAACAUGGAGAUGGAAAAUUUAAAUCUCAUUCACUGCUAUUGAAUUUUUCCCAGUCAUUCUUUGCAAGUGCUGUUUUAAGCUGUCAGUAACUAGUUUGUUUUGGCCAACUAGAUGAAAAAACUUUUCCUAAGUACCCUGUAGGUGCAUCUUCCCUAUGAACUGGAAUGGAACUGUAAUAAUAGUAAUAAUAAUUGUAUUUUUAAAAAGCUUAGCUUCUUGUGUGCAGGCAACAUCUUUUCC